AUGAUGAAGCUUGUUCUUGUCUUGUUCUUUCUUGCUUCGGGACUGAGACUUUCGGUCUCAGAGUUCCAAUGUGAUUCUCUGGAAUGUCACGAUUACAGAAACUUGUCUUAUGGUUGUACUGAGGUAUAUGUUCUGAGAAUUUGGAAGAGUAGAUUUGAUCAGUGUCCUGUGGAUGGGUUUGAGAUACCUGGUGCAUGCCCUUAUACCAUUUGUUAUAUUGCCCUACUUAGGUAUGGUGCACCGGAUGAAUGGAAGCCUAAGGAAGUGAAAAUCUAUGACAUGGACUUCAAAUCACAUAACUCCUAUGGUUCCACUUUCUCCGGCCAAUCUUUAAGGUGGUCUGGUCUUUAUAUCUGCCACUGUUUUUUUAUCAAUUAUCCUAAGAACACUAAAGCUUUCUGA